AUGCAUUGGGAAGAUAGGAGAUUCAGAGUUAGAAGACAAAUCAGCUUAUCAAAGAUUGAUGGAAGUUUGCUAUACUUAACUAUCACUAGGCCUGACAUAAGCUUUGCAGUACAAACUUUGAGUCAAUUUAUGCAAAAGCCCAAACAAUCACACAUGGAGGCAGAAUUGAGAGUGGUGAGAUACAUCAAGGGAGCACCAGGAAUGAGGUUAUUGAUAGAAUCAGGAGCCAUUGAUCAACUUAGUGCAUACUGUGAUUCAGAUUGGGCAUCAUGCCUCAACACAAGGAGGUCUAUGACAGGUUAUGUCGUGAAACUAGGCAAUUCCUUGAUUUCAUGGAAAUCAAAGAAAAAGCCUACAGUGAGCAGGACUUUAGCAGAAGCUGAAUACAGAGCAUGGCAGCUGCAACUGCAGAAAUCACAUGGUUGA